UUUCUCGCUGUCAGCGCUGCCAGUUGUUUUGUCAAUUUUACACGGCCCAAGUCGUCCUGGCAACACUGCUGUCUGUUGACGGAAACGUAAACAAAAACCGCAUUCAAAAUAUGCACCUCGCUAUCAGAGCGAUUUAUUCUAGAUGAUAGUGCAAUUUCUUAAAGAGCUGCUCUUCAAUCAGCAAAAAAUGACCGACAAAGGGAAUAUAAAGAUGGAAUUUGCCGUCCAAGUUAUCGGCGAUGACUUUGCAGAUGCGAUCCGGAACACUUUGGCCGAUACCAAAAAUGUCGACAUUGAUGUAAAGAAGGGAAGCGUACUGGUAGAAACGACUCUUCCAUGGCUUGAGAUCCACAGACGGAUUGAAGCUACUGGCCGGCGAGCAGUACUUACCGGGUUUGGAGGACAAUCUGCCGUAGCGAUGGUAGAUCAUGGAAACGAGAAAACGAAUGUGCGAGGUGUGGUUCGUUUCUGCUCCAGCUCUGCUACCGGACGAGGUGCAGUUGUUGAUGGAACCAUCGAUGGACUAGCGAAGCAGGAAAAAUAUCUUCUUAACGUGCACGAAUGUGGCGACAUUUCUGAGGGCUGCGCUUCGGUAGGAGAUGUAUAUGAUUCCGUAGAAGUUAGUUCCGAUUCAAACGGAAAAGCAACUAUACGUUUCGUCAACGAGCGACUGGAUGUUGCGGAUUUGAUAGGACGGUCGGUGGUGAUAGCUGAAUCGCAAAAUGAGCACCGGCGUCUUAGCUGUGGCAUCAUUGCCCGCUCGGCAGGUAUAUUCGAGAACUAUAAAAAGAUAUGCGCCUGCGACGGUGUAACUAUUUGGGAUGAAAGAAACAAAUCAAUCGCUUCUCAGGAACGACAACGCGACACGAGUCAAUCUGUUUUGUAAAUGUUUGUAUGCAUUUUUGUUGGAACAUGCGGGACAUGGGGUAGAGUUCCUUAACAAGGGGAAUAGGAUUCCUAUAUUAAUCUGAUACAGGUAUGUGAGGUCAUAUAAUGAAAUAAAAUAAGCGAUACUUAGC